GAAGCUGCCGUCGUGCGCAUGCGCAUUGCCCUGCUGGUGGCAGAAGGAAGAUGGCGGCGUCCUGGGUUUCUUACUGAGGGAAGCGCAAUCGGCCAGUUUGGGCUUCAGUUCGGGAUCAUUGAGCCGCAGCAGACACGCAUAAAGAAGGGCGGGGGGCCGAGGGACAGAACCGAGCCGCUUCUGAUAUCAUAUAUCCAGGCCCUGCCUGAAGAUGAACGUCCUCAAAGACAACAAAGACUUGGCCUGUUUCUACACAACCAAACACUCCUGGCGGGGGAAGUACAAGCGUGUGUUCUCCGUGGGGACUCAUGGCAUCACCACAUACAAUCCAACCACCUUAGAAGUUACAAACCAGUGGCCGUACGGUGAUAUCUGUGGCAUCGCUCCGGCGGGGAAAGGCCAGGGAACCGAGUUCAACCUCACUUUCCGCAAGGGCAGCGGGAAGAAGUCCGAAACGCUGAAGUUCUCCACUGAGCAUCGCACUGAGCUGCUGACAGAAGCGCUGAGGUUCAGAACAGACUUCUCAGAGGGAAAAAUCACCGGAAGACGCUAUAACUGCUACAAGCAUCACUGGAGCGACACACGGAAGAGUGUGUGUUUGGAAGUCACUCCCGGAGGCAUCGAUCAGAUCGACCCCCAGACCAACCGCGUGAUCUGCUCGUAUGACUACCGCUGUGUCGAGGGCUUCGCCGAGGUCUCCGACUACCAGGGCGGCUUCUGCGUGCUGUACGGCGGCUUCGGCAGACUGCAUCUUUUUGCGUCUGAGCAUCGUGACGAGAUCAUUCGCAGCGCGAUCGAGCACGCCGGCAACUUCAUCGGCAUCACGUUACGCCUCCGUAAGGAGCAGCUGACGUUCGAGGGCUUCCUCGGCGAGCGUCUGGGGAAGUACAGUUCGGAUGAGUGCAUCACCUCGCUCACCGAGUUCAUUGUGCAGAAGCUCACGCCGCGGCACAGCGAGCCGGUGAAGCGGAUCUUGGCCCUCACAGAGACGUGUCUGGUGGAGAGAGAUCCUGGUUCCUACAACAUAGUCACUGUUAAGCCCUUCGGAGAGGUUUUCGCUCUGAUCUGUGAUGCGGAGAAUCCUCAGGUCUUCAGCAUCGAGUUCAUCCGAGGACAGAUCCGGAAGUACUGCUCCACAGACAGGGACUCUCUGCUGGCGAGUCUGCUGGACAGCGUGAGGGCGUCUGGGAACAGGGAUGUGUGUGUGAAGAUGGCGCCCACGCGGAGGGGUCAGCGCUGGGGUCUGCUCAGCAUGCCUGUGGACGAGGAGGUGGAGAGUCUUCACCUCAAAUUCCUCGCGUCGCCGCCAAAUAACAAUUUUGCAGAUGCAGUGUUCAGAUUUAACGCCAACAUCUCUUACAGUGGAGUAUUGCAUGCCGUCACUCAGGACGGUCUGUUCUCAGAGAACAAGGAGAAACUGAUCAGCAACGCCAUCCUGGCUCUCUUAUCUCAAGAUGUGGACCUGCCGGGGCCGAACUCGGAGUUGGAGGCUCAGUUUCAGGCUAUCAGACGGCUGGUGGCCUCCAAAGCCGGUUUCCAGGCCUUCACGCAGCUCCCAAAGUUUAGAGAAAAAUUGGGAGUAAAAACUGUUAAAGCGCUGAAGAGGAACAACAACGGUGUUACCCACGCUGCCAUAGACAUGCUCUGUGCUCUGAUGUGUCCGAUGCACGAUGAUUACGAUCUGCGGCAGGAGCAGCUGAACAAAGCCUCUCUACUUUCCUCCAAGAAGUUUCUGGAGAACCUGCUGGAGAAGUUUAUCAGUAAUGUGGAUCACGGCACAGGAGCGUUAGUGAUCAGCUCGCUGCUGGACUUCCUGACCUUUGCCCUCUGCGCUCCCUACAGCGAGACGACGGAGGGUCAGCAGUUCGACAUGCUGCUGGAGAUGGUGGCGUCCAACGGACGGACGCUCUUCAAGCUCUUCCAGCAUCCCUCUAUGGCCAUCGUGAAAGGAGCCGGUCUGAUCAUGAAGGCCAUCAUUGAGGAAGGAGAUAAGGAGAUCGCCACUAAGAUGCAGGAUCUGGCCCUGAGCGAAGGCGCUUUACCCAGACACCUCCACACCUCCAUGUUCACCAUCAGCGCUGACCAGCGGAUGCUCACCAACAGACAGUUGAGUCGACAUCUCGUGGGAUUGUGGACUGCAGAAAACCCCAUUGCCUUGAACCUCCUGAAGAGGAUACUGCCCACCGGUCUGUUGGCGUAUCUGGACAGCUCUGACCCCGUGCCUGAGAAGGAUGUCGAUAGGAUGCACAUACGUGACAAUGUCAAGAUCGCCACAGACCAAUUUGGGAGGAAUAAAGUCCCAGAGUGGCAGCGUUUAGCAGGUAAAGCUGCUAAAGAGGUUGAGAAGUUCGCCAAAGAGAAGGCAGACUUAGUGCUGGUGCACUGGAGAGACAAGAUGGGCAUCGCUCAGAAGGAGGACAGGAAUAACCUGAACGCAAACCAAAAACCGGUCAUCCUGAGGAAGAGACGACAGCGGAUCAAGAUCGAGUCCAACUGGGAGCUGUUUUACUACAGGUUUCAGCAGGAUCACGCUCGCUCUAAUCUCAUCUGGAAUCUGAAGACCAGAGAGGAGCUGCGAGACGCUCUGGAGGGAGAGAUGCGCUCCUUCAGCGUGGACCGAGAGCUGGGCAGCACCAACGUCAUCUCCUGGAACCACCAAGAGUUUGAGGUGAAGUACGAGUGCCUUUCUGAUGAGAUUAAAAUCGGCGAUUAUUACCUGCGUCUGCUGCUGGAGGAAGAUGAAAAUGACGAGUCUGGUGCCAUCAAGAGAUCGUAUGAGUUUUUUAACGAGCUCUACCAUCGUUUCCUGCUGACUCCCAAAGUAGCCAUGAAGUGUCUGUGUCUGCAAGCGCUCACUAUCGUCUACGGCAAGUGCUGUGAGGAGAUCGGACCCUUCACUGACACCAAGUAUAUUGUGGGCAUGUUGGACCGGUGUACAGACAAGCUGGAGAGAGACAGACUCAUCCUUUUCCUCAACAAACUUAUUCUCAACAAGAAAAACGUGAAGGAUAUCAUGGACUCAAAUGGAGUGCGUAUUUUAGUGGACCUGCUGACGCUCGCUCACCUUCACACCAACAGGGCCACCGUACCACUGCAGAGUAACGUAUUAGAGGCUUCGCCGGACAUGAAGAGAGAGAGCGAGAAGGAGUGGUACUUCGGUAACGCAGAUAAAGAGAGGAGAGGACCUUUCAGCUAUGAGGAGAUGCAGGAGUUCUGGAGCGCCGGCACCCUGACGGCCAAGACGCGCUGCUGGGCUCAGGGGAUGGACGGCUGGCGCCCCCUGCAGGCCAUCCCGCAGCUGAAGUGGUGCCUGCUGGCUGGUGGACAGGCUGUGAUGAACGAGACCGACCUGGCCACGCUCAUCUUGAACAUGCUCAUCACCAUGUGCUCCUACUUCCCCAGCAGGGACCAGGAUAAUGCCAUUAUUAGGCCUUUGCCGAAGGUGAAGAGACUCAUCAGUGACAACACCUGCCUGCCUCACAUCGUCCAGCUGCUCUUGACCUUUGACCCCAUCCUGGUGGAGAAAGUAGCCAACCUGCUGUACCUGGUGAUGCAGGAUAACCCUAACCUGCAGCGGCUCUACCUCACCGGAGUCUUCUUCUUCAUCAUGAUGUACACCGGCUCCAACGUGCUGCCUGUCGCACGUUUCUUGAAGUACACUCACCUGAAACAAGCCUUUAAAUCAGAGGAGGCUAAAGGUCUGGACAUCGUUCAGAGGAGCAUUUUGGGCCCGAUGCUGCCCGAGGCCAUGGUGUGUUACUUGGAGAAUUACGAGGCAGAGCGAUUUUCUGAGAUUUUCUUGGGAGAGUUUGACACGCCUGAAGCCAUCUGGAGCAGCGAAAUGAGGCGUAUGAUGAUCGAGAAGAUCGCCGCUCACCUGGCAGACUUCUCUCCUCGUCUGCAGAGCAACACUCGAGCUCUGUAUCAGUACUGCCCCAUCCCUGUGGUCAGCUUCCCUCAGCUGGAUAACGAGCUCUUCUGCAACAUCUAUUACCUCCGACACCUGUGCGACUCCAACCGCUUCCCCAACUGGCCCAUACGUGACCCUGUGAAGCUGUUGAAGGACACUCUGGACGCAUGGAAGAGAGAGGUGGAGAAGAAGCCGCCCUCCAUGUCUGUGGAUGACGCCUAUGAGGUGUUGAACCUCCCUAAAGGACAGGGACAGCAUGACGAGAGUAAAAUAAGGAAAGCUUACUUCAGAUUGGCUCAAAAAUACCAUCCAGACAAAAAUCCCGAGGGCAGGGACAUGUUUGAGAAGGUCAACAAAGCCUACGAGUUCUUGUGCACUAAAUCAGCCCGUAUUGUGGACGGCCCUGACCCAGAAAACAUCAUCCUGAUCCUGAAGGCCCAGAGCAUCCUGUUCAACAGACACAAACAGGAAUUGGAGCCGUAUAAAUACGCUGGUUACCCCAUGCUAAUUAAGACCAUCACCAUGGAGACGGAUGACGAGCAGCUCUUCUCCAAAACCUCACCGCUGUUACCGGCAGCCGCAGAAUUGGCCUUCCACACCGUCAACUGUUCGGCCCUCAACGCAGAGGAGCUCCGCAGGGAGAGCGGCAUCGAGAUGCUGAUGGAGGCUCUGUCUCGCUGUGUGGCUGUGCUCACGGCAUCCAGCAAAGCUGAAGACAUGGCAGUACAGGUGUGCGGGCACGUCUGUAGGUGCUAUAGCGUAGCUGCUCAGUUCGAGGAAUGCAGGGAGAAAAUUGUUGAGCUUCCCAACAUUAUUAGAGAUGUGUGUCACAUUCUCUAUUAUGGCAAGGGUUUGCCCCGUCUGGGCACAGUGGCCGUUCAGUGCGUGAGCUCCUUCGCUGUAGACUUCUUCCUCCAGACGCACCUGUACCAAGCCGGCGUUCUGUGGCACCUGCUAGUCAACCUCUUCAACUAUGACUUCACCUUAGAAGAGAGCGGCGUCCAGGCCAGUCAGGAUACUAACCAGCAGGAGGUGGCCAACAGCCUAGCCAAGCUCAGUCUGGUGGCCCUGGGGCGGCUCGCGGGUUACACGUCUGCGUUCGGCCCCGAGGACGGCCCCGCCGGAGAGGCCAAUGGAGUGGGACACCCUCCAGAGAAUCCCGCCAUCAGGAAGAGCCUGGCGGCCAUGUUGACGCCCUACAUCUCACGCAAACUGGGCAGCAGUUCACCGGCGGAGAUUCUGAAGUUGUUGAAUAGCAACUCGGAGAACCCGUAUUUGAUCUGGAACAACGGGACCAGAGCCGAGCUGAUGGAGUUCCUGGAGGCGCAGCAGGAGAGCAACAUCAAGAGAGGCGAGUGUGAUAAGAGUUUCGGAUCGGAGUUCGUGUUCAGUGAACACGGGAAGGAGCUGAUCGUGGGAGAGAUCUUCAUCCGGGUUUACAACGAGCAGCCUACGUUUCCUCUGGAGUAUCCGAAAGCGCUGGCCUCGAGUCUCUUGGACUACGUGGGCUCUCAGGCGCAGUACCUGCACACUCUCCUCGCCAUGACUCAGACUAACAAAGUCGAGUCGCAGCAACACGCUCAGAGACUGCGCUGGGCCGAGAUGGCUCUCGAAGCUCUCCGCAACGUCAUCAAGAACAACCCAGGCUCUGAGACGGAGUGCAUCGGACACUUCAAGCUCCUCUUCUCUCUGCUGAGAGUUCACGGCGCCGGCAAGGUUCAGCAGCUUGCUCUGGAGGUGGUGAAUACUGUCACAUCAAACCAGGACUGUGUCAUCAACAUCGCAGAAUCGCUGGUUCUUCCCAAUCUGCUGGUGCUGCUGCACUCUCUGCCAUCCAGCCGACAGCUGGUGCUAGAGACGCUUUACGCUCUGACCUCCAACACUAAGAUCAUCACAGAGGCCAUGAACAAAGGUUCACUGAUCUACCUGUUAGAUCUGUUCUGUAACUCCACCCACCCUCAGGUGCGCACACAGACCGCAGAGCUCUUCUCCAAAAUGACCUCAGACAAGCUGGUGGGACCCAAGGUGCGUCUGACCCUGGUGCGAUUCUUGCCGGCUGUUUUCAUGGACGCCAUGCGUGACAAUCCAGAGGCGGCCGUGCACAUAUUCGAGGGAACGCACGAGAACCCCGAGCUCAUCUGGAACGACAGCUCGAGAGAGACCGUCUCCACCACCGUCAGAGAAAUGAUGCUGGAGCAUUUUAAGCAACAGAAAGACAAUCCUGAUGUCAACUGGAAGCUGCCCGAGGAGUUUUCGGUGGCGUACGGAGCGGGACAGGGAGAGCUGGAGGUCGGCGGAGUGUUUCUGCGGAUCUUCAUUGCUCAGCCUGGCUGGGUUUUACGGAAACCCAGAGAUUUCCUGGUGUCAUUAAUGGACACUCUGACCACACUGCUGGAGAAAAACAACCCCAAUGGCGAGGCGCUGGAGACGGUCACCACCGCAGCCGUGUGUCUCUUCAGCACGCAGACACAGCUGGCCGAUCAGGUCCCCCCUCUCGGGCAUCUGCCGCGUGUGCUGACGGCGCUCAACCACAAGAACAAUGCUGUGCCCAAAAGCGCCAUCAGACUCAUACACGUGCUCUCAGACAACGAGCUGUGUGUGCGGUCCAUGGCGGCUCUCGAAACGAUCGGGCCGCUGAUGACGGGGAUGAAGGUGAGGGCUGAUAUGGCAGGACUGGCCUGUGAGGCGCUGAACCGCAUGUUCCAGCGAGAGCAGAACGAACUCGUCGCACAGGCUCUUCGAGUGGAGCUGGUGCCGUAUCUUUUAAAGCUGUUGGAGGGAAUUGGGUUGGAGACUCUUGAAAACCCUUCAGCAACCAAAGCUCAGAUCGUCAAAGCGCUGAAAUCCAUGACGCGCAGCCUGCAGUUCGGAGAGCAGGUGAAUGAAAUCCUCUCUCGUUCCACUGUGUGGAGUGCCUUCAAAGACCAGAAACAUGACCUCUUCAUCUCCGAAUCCCAGACUGCAGGUUACCUGACAGGUCCAGGAGUGGCGGGUUAUCUGACAGCAGGCACCGGCUCUACAGUCUUGCCCAGCGUCCCACCGCCCGUAGACAACGACAUCGGAGACCUGGGCUGAAUUAGACCAGCAGAACAUCAGACGAACCCGGACACAGAGAUGAGCGAGCCUGUCUGGAGCAGCACCUGAUCCUCAAGGACAGACGACGGAGUGACGGACAGACAGAGAGAGGGAAUGGAGGGCUGGUCGUUUCCUCUGGUCUUUAGUGAUUCCUUCAUUUUAAUACAUCAACACUUCCUCCUCUUUCAUUUUAUAUUCUGUUGCAUCUCAUAAAUCUUUUCUUUCCAUGGAGAGCAAAAUAGUUUACUUUUGUAUUGAGAUAUUUUUAUGCAUUUGUUUGUUUUUUCUUCAUUCGAGUUAGCUGAUGAAUGGAUCUGAUACGUCUUCGUCUUCCUGCGUCUCACAUUCAGCCCGUGUCUCAAGCGAUGUCUGUCCGCAUCUCAACAAAUCCUCUACAUUUUCCAUUUUAUAAAAUGCAGCCUUGCAUUUCUGUAUUCUCGAGAAGGAGCCUGUGAGACUGUGAUUAUUAUGUGAGAAGCGCACUGGCUGCAGUCUGUCCUGUUUCCCCGUCUCUCAUCACUGUCCUCUAUAACUUUCCCUCCUUCCCCAGAAAGCACUAGACUAUUUAUACUAGUUGAUAAAGACCAACUGAAAAUGAGCUUCUUAAAGGACAAAGAACAAAUCAUACUGACUCUGAUUACAAAUGUAUGUGAAAGACUAGUGCAAUUGUGAAAUGUUAAAUGUAAUAUGCCGUACAUAAACUUUCUAUAUUGAAUGUACAUUAAUAAAAAAUAAAUCAGUUGCACUUGUACAUAAAAUUUUAAGAAUAAAAGGGAAUCCACA